AGAGGGUGGUUUCUAGUCUGUGUUUCGGGGACCCAGGCCAGAAGAAAGCAGUCAUUCAGCUAGCGGUGUGCUAGCCUCCAGCCCUCGGUGAAAUGCCUUCACUGCACUCGGCUCCUGUUCAUGGCUGCGAAGCACCCCCACCUCUGAAUUUUAAGGUCAUUCCUGUACAUUGUUAUUUAUUUCAAGGAUGGCUUCGAGACCCACUGAACCGCGCUCCUGUGACACAUUUGUGGCGCUGCCUCCAGCAACAGUUGGCAGCCGGGUUGUUUUUGGAAAAAAUUCAGAUAGACCCUGUGAUGAAGUGCAAGAGAUAGUCUAUUUCCCUGCUGCUUCUCAUAAGGCAGGAGAUCAGCUUGAGUGCACUUAUAUAGAAAUUGAGCAAGCUGCAAAAACAUAUGCAGUUGUUUUGAGUCGUCCAUCUUGGAUAUGGGGUGCAGAAAUGGGAGCCAAUGAACAUGGAGUUUGCAUUGGGAAUGAAGCAGUGUGGGGACGAGAAGAAGUCUGUGAUAAUGAAGCACUCCUAGGCAUGGACCUCCUCAGACUGGGACUCGAAAGAGCAGAUACAGCUGAAAAUGCCCUCACUGUCAUGGUUGACUUGCUAGAAAAAUAUGGACAAGGAGGAAACUGUAUGGAGAGUCACAUGGCAUUUACCUACCAUAACAGUUUUCUGAUAGCUGAUAGAAAGGAGGCUUGGGUACUGGAGACUUCAGGAAAAUACUGGGCAGCAGAGAAAAUAGAAGCGGGUGUGCGGAAUAUCUCCAAUCAGCUCUCUGUAACAACCAAGAUCGAUCGGGAACAUCCCAAAAUGAGAGAUUAUGCUAAGAGCAAAGGCUGGUGGGAUGGUGAAAAAGAAUUUGACUUUGCUGCUGUAUAUUCCUACGUAAAUACUGCCAGAAUGACAACUUCAAGGGGCAGAUACUGUGAAGGCUAUAAGCUACUGAAUAAACACAAAGGCAAUAUAACUUCUGAAACAAUGAUGGAAAUUCUUCGGGAUAAAGAGAGUGGCAUUAAUAUGGAAGGAGGAUUUAUGACAACUGGAAGUAUGGUCUCUAUCCUACCUCAGGAGCCUAAUCUCCCUUGUAUUCACUUCUUUACGGGAACUCCAGACCCUGACAGGUCUGUUUUUAAGCCUUUUAUUUUUGUGCCAAAUAUUACUCAGUUACUAAAAACCAGUUCACCAACAUUUGGUCAUGAUGAUCCAGUGAAGAAGAAACCACGGUUUCUGACUAAGCCAGAUCGAAGACAUGAACUCUAUAAGCAACAUGAAAGUGCUGCUGUGGUUAUGGAAACCUUCAAGGAAAAGGGUAAAGAGAUGUUGGAACAGAUACGGAAGUUGGAGAAAGAGAAAAUUAACAGGAUGGAAUCAAUCCUGCAAAAUCGGUGUCUUGACGUUAACCAAGCUGUUAAUCUUUUUUCACAGUGUGUGGAAGAGGAAAUCAACACAUAUUGCCUAAGAGUAUAAAUCAAAUACAGUGGAAUUUGGUCUUGGUGAUCAUCAUCACUUGUAGUUGUAUGGCUCUAGGGAUCAAAUCUUAUUUUACAAAAGUAAUUUUUCAUUGAUGAUUAGGCAUUUAGCAUCUUAUACAUGCUGGCCAACAGGCUUUUGAUAAUGAUCAAACAAGAAAGAUUUUCAAAGGUAGGGAAUAGUUUUGCUUUUAAAUGAUACUUGGCUAAAGAAUGACAACUAGGUGAAAUUCCAGUUAGAAGCAACUUGAUUAACAACUAAAUAGUAGGUAUUGAAAUGCUUGGUUAUUUUAUGAUUAAGAUUUUCAUUCGGUGCAUCUUUGAUUUGAAUAACUCACUCUGUGAAUAUGCAUGUAGAUUUUAUACUCAAGAAGUGUUACUCAAGUUGAUCAUCACAGCAUAAUUUCACUGUCUGAAUUAAAAUGGACAAGUGAGGACUCUCUAAAAUGGAGAAGCCACUAUUAUGCAUCAUUAUCCUUUGAGAUUAUUUUAUUCCCUGCAAAACAAAUGUCGCAGCACCAAUACUUAUUUUAACUCUCUGUUAAUAAUCCUCCAGUUGUACAAUUGCCACACUAAGAAAAAUAUUUUACUUGUCAGCAAUAAGUUUUCAUGACAGUUGUACACUAGGAUAGACUAUAGCUCAAUCUAAUAUUACUCUAAUAGGAUACAUGUACUUUACAGUUGCAUUGCCACUUCCACAAUUAUGGAUGACAAGUUUACCUUCAAAUUAACACAUUGAGUAUGAGUGUGCCUAAAGUAAUCUGUCAUGUUAAAACCAAAUUACAGCUUCAACUUGACAAUCCCAGACCUGGACUUUAGAGUCCAAAAUCUGGUCCUGUCCCAAACCUGGACUUUUGCGUCC